ACAGGGAAACAUUUGUUGUAAUUCUUUGAAUGUAAAUAUGGACACACGAGAUACCCCAAUUGAUGAUGCAUGGGUUAUGCCCAUUGAACCUUUUAAAAAAGAGGAUAUGAAACAUCCUUUACUUGCUGAAAGUUCUUUUGCUACACUGUUCCCUAAAUAUAGAGAAAAAUAUAUAAGGGAAUGUUGGCCUCUGGUUAAAUCUGCUCUUGCUGAAUAUGGUGUUAAUUCCUCUUUGGAUGUUGUUGAAGGAAGCAUGACAGUUAUGACAACUCGUAAAACAUGGGAUCCCUAUAUUAUUCUGAAAGCAAGAGAUGUUAUUAAAUUGAUUGCCAGAGGUGUUCCAUAUGAGCAGGCUGUGCGUGUAUUAGCUGAUGACAUUGGAUGUGAUAUAAUAAAAAUUGGCUCUCUAGUUCGAAAAAAAGAUAGAUUUGUGAAAAGAAGACAACGCUUGGUGGGACCUAAAGGAGCAACACUUAAAGCCAUAGAACUCCUCACCAAUUGUUAUGUGCUUGUCCAGGGUAAUACAGUAUCAGCAUUAGGUCCAUAUAAGGGUUUGCAACAUGUCAGAAAAAUCGUGGAGGACACUAUGAAAAAUAUUCAUCCCAUAUAUAAUAUUAAAGCAUUAAUGAUUAAGAAAGAACUUGCAAAAGAUCCUAAACUAAAAAAUGAAAAUUGGGAACGUUUCCUCCCUAAAUAUGUCAACAAAAACGUCCAACGCAAGCAGCCAAAGAAGAAGAGAGUUAAGAAGGAUUAUACUCCAUUCCCACCUCCACAACCGGAGAGCAAGGUUGAUAAACUCAUAGCAUCUGGUGAAUACUUCUUAAAAGAAGAUGAUCGGAAGAAAAAGAAACUUGCUGAGAAAAUGGAAAAGAAAGCAGAAGCUGAAGCAAAGAGACAAGAAAAGAGAAAUAAAUCAUUUAUACCUCCAGCUGAGAAACCAUAUAAAACAACGCAGAAAAAUGAAGUUAUUCAAUUCAAAUCUAAAAAGAUUGAAUCUGGACAGAAAACAAAAAAGUCACAGAAGGAAUAGCUUUUCCAGUAACAUGUUUUGCAUUUACGUGAUGAAAUGAAGUGGAAAGGCAUUUCUAUGUAUAUUAUGCAAUGGAUGAAGAAGACAUUUGUACUUUUUGUAAAUAAAUAAUUUUCAAA